CUCAACGCUUAAGCCUUAACGGUUUAACAUACUGGCGGAAGUUACUGUAUUCUUUAUCUCCGACGGUCCGCUAACCCUGUGAUAACGGCAAUUUACCUACGCUGGAGUGUGAAUGUGAACCGCAUGCGCUAUCAGUAUAAGAAAAGUUCACAUUGCUUCGAGCAUGUCAGUCCAACCAAAGAAGUUCGAUCAGAAAACAAAGCAAGUAACAUAGACAGAAGCUUGGAGAAUACAGUAUCCGAAUAUACUGUAACGAAGAUUAUUCAGAAAUUUGAUGGAGUCAUCCGCUCACCGUCGCCUGAAAGCACUUCAAAGUCAUCUAAUCUCCACUUCCGGCGACUCUCGGUCGCGGCUUCGGACGAACGAGACUGCUGGGGAGUUCGUCUCUGGGCAGGGCUACAGUGUUGUGCUUCCGGAGAAAUUACAAACAGGAAAGUGGAACGUAUAUAGAUCUGCACAAUCUCCUUUGAUGCUUGUGAAUAGAUUUCCAGAUCAUCCUCAAAUUGGAACUCUGCAUGACAACUUUGUGCAUGCAGUUAAGACUUUUCAAGAUCACAAGUAUUUGGGUACACGAAUUAGGGUGGAUGGAACAGUUGGGGAGUAUAAAUGGAUCACAUAUGGAGGAGCAGGUACUUACCGGUCAGCGAUAGGUUCUGGUCUGAUGUACCAUGGAAUACCAAAAGGAUCUUGUAUUGGACUAUAUUUUAUCAACAGACCUGAGUGGCUGAUUGUUGAUCAUGCCUGCUCAGCAUAUUCUUACAUCUCUGUUCCUUUGUAUGACACUCUCGGCCCAGAUGCUGUCAAGUAUGUUGUGAACCAUGCUGGUGUACAAGCAAUAUUUUGUGUCCAACAGACACUAAACAUUUUGCUGAGCUUCUUAUCUGAGAUCCCAACAGUACGUCUAAUAGUGGUAGUUGGAGGUUUAGAUGGACAAAUACCAUCACUUCCAUCAACAGCAGGGGUUGAAGUUAUAUCAUAUUCAAAAUUACUUAGUGAGGGUCAUAGUAGAGUUCAGCCUUUUUGCCCUCCAAAACCGGAAGAUGUUGCAACCAUCUGCUAUACUAGUGRUACAACUGGGACACCAAAGGGAGCUGUAUUAACUCAUGGAAAUUUGAUUGCAAAUGUUGCUGGUGCUAGUUUUUCUCUCAAAUUCUGCCCCUCAGAUGUUUAUAUAUCGUAUCUUCCAUUAGCACACAUUUAUGAACGGGCUAACCAAGUUCUAUCGGUAUACUAUGGAGUUGCAGUUGGUUUUUACCAGGGGGACAAUUUAAAGUUGAUGGAUGACAUGGCGGUUCUAAGACCAACAAUAUUUUGCAGUGUUCCUCGACUGUAUAACAGAAUCUAUGCUGGUAUUAUAAAUGCUGUGAAGGCAUCUGGGGCUCUACGUGAGAGGCUUUUUAAUGCUGCAUAUGAUGCCAAGAAGCAAGCAAUAAUGAGUGGUAAAAAUCCAUCACCCGUGUGGGACAAAUUGGUAUUCAAUAAAAUAAAGGCAAAAUUAGGAGGACGGGUCUGGUUUAUGGGUUCAGGUGCCUCACCUCUGUCUCCUGAUGUCAUGGAUUUCUUGAGGGUAUGCUUUGGCUGCCAAGUAAUAGAAGGGUAUGGAAUGACUGAAGCUUCAUGUAUUAUAAGCUCAAUGAGUGAGGAUGACAACUUGUCAGGUCACGUUGGCUCUCCUAAUCCUGCUUGUGAGGUAAAGCUUGUGGAUGUUCCUGAAAUGAAWUAUACAUCUGAUGAUCAUCCCUAUCCUCGAGGCGAAAUCUGCGUCAGGGGUCCUAUUGUAUUCAAAGGCUACCAUAAAGAUGAAUUGCAAACCCAAGAAAUGAUUGAUGAAGAUUAUUGGCUGCAUACAGGAGACAUAGGGUUGUGGUUGCCUGGAGGACGCUUGAAGAUCAUUGAUAGGAAAAAGAACAUAUUUAAGUUGGCACAAGGAGAGUACAUAGCCCCAGAGAAGAUUGAGAGUGUAUAUGCUAAGUGCAAGUUUGUCUCCCAAUGUUUUGUUUAUGGUGACAGCUUGAAUUCUUGCUUAGUAGCCAUUGUCUCAGUGGACCAAGAUGUAUUGAAAGCUUGGGCUGCAUCUGAAGGCAUCAAGUAUGAUGAUCUAGGACAACUUUGCAACGAUACAAGAGCAAGGGAAGCUGUCCUGGGAGACAUGGAUUCUGUUGGAGAGAAAGCUCAGUUGAGAGGUUUUGAAUUUGUAAAAUCUGUAACUUUAGUGCUUGAAGCAUUCACCAUGGAGAAUGGCCUUCUUACUCCAACACACAAGAUAAAAAGACCUCAAGCAAAGGCUUACUUUGCAAAAGCAAUAUCAGACAUGUAUGCGCAGCUUUCUACAUCCGAUCCUGCACCUAAGAAAAAAGUUGUGAAGUCUAGCCUAUAAGAAAUAGAGAAACAAGAGUUGUUCUUCUCGCUAGGGCCCUCUGCUUGCAGAACCGAGAUGCCGUACACCUUGCAAGCAAGGGUUUUGCAUGAUACAGUUCAAAAUGUAGCAUUUUUUCUUUUGGGUCGAAACUAAAUGGAUUAAACGAGUACAGUGAUAUCUCACGUCUCACCAUUGUAACUGCAAUGUAUAUUGUAUAAGAAUUAUCUGUCUCUUAGAACGAACCAUUGUAAUUGUAACACGCUAUUGCCAAAUUAGCAUUGUACAUGCAAAAUAAUCAGAA